AAUUCUUCUUAGAAGAUGGCUUCCGACGGCUCCCCUGGGUGCUGCUCUUCUGAGUCCUCUGCAGGGGCGUCGGGCUGUGUGACUGCCUCAUCCUGUUCCACUGACACAACUUGCCUCCCCACCACUUGUACCAUACCCAGAUAUCCAACCCCGGCCUUCCUCUGCAGGGCCCACCACUCAGCCGGUUGCCUCGCGCUGCCGUGUUACUUCAGCGGCGCUGGCGGUUGUAGCAGCCCAUGCCUGAUGGGGAGCUGUGCGUGGUGUGAGGAAGGGACGUUCAACAGCAAUGAGAAGGAGACGAUGCAGUUUCUGAAUGACAGACUGGCCAGCUACCUGGAGAGGGUGAGGAGCCUGGAGGAGAACAACGCAGAGCUGGAAUGCAAGAUCCGAGAGCAGUGCGAGCCCAAUGCCCCGCUGGUGUGUCCAGACUACCAGCGUUACUUUGACACCAUUGAAGAACUCCAACAAAAGAUACUGUGCACGAAGGCAGAGAAUUCUAGACUUGCCGUACAGGUGGACAACUGCAAACUGGCUGCCGAUGAUUUUAGGUCAAAGUAUGAGAGUGAACUGUCCCUUCGCCAGCUGGUGGAGAAUGACAUCAGUGGCCUCCGUGGGAUCCUGGGUGAACUGAACCUGUGCAAAUCAGAUCUGGAGGCCCACGUGGAGUCCCUGAAAGAUGACCUCCUUUGCCUUAAGCAAAGCCAUGAAGAGGAGGUCAACCUGCUUCGUGAGCAGCUUGGAGACCGGCUCAGCGUGGAGCUGGACACUGCCCCCACUGUGGACCUCAACAAGGUCCUGGAUGAGAUGCGGUGUCAGUAUGAGAGGGUGCUGGCCAACAACCGCAGAGAGGCGGAGGAGUGGUUCGCUGCCCAGACAGAAGAGCUGAACCAGCAGCAGAUGUCCAGCGCAGAGCAGCUGCAGGGCUGCCAGACUGAAAUGCUGGAGUUGAAGCGCACAGCCAACACUCUGGAAAUCGAGCUCCAGGCGCAGCAAACCCUGACAGAGUCUCUGGAAUGUACUGUGGCAGAAACGGAGGCCCAGUACAGCACACAGCUGACCCAAAUGCAGUGCCUCAUCGACAGUGUGGAGCAGCAGCUGGCUGAGAUCCGCUGUGACCUGGAGCGACAGAACCAGGAGUACCAGGUGCUGUUGGACACCAAGGCCCGGCUGGAGUGUGAGAUCAACACAUACCGGGGCCUGCUGGAGAGCGAGGACAGCAGACUCCCCGGCAACCCAUGCUCUACGGCGCCCGUACCAAACAGCACGUGUGAGCCGUGUGCAGCCUAUGUCAUUUGCACGGUUGAGAACUGUUGUGCAUAAAGAUUAAGUGUCUAGCAUGGUGGAUGGAAAUCAGAACUGUUGGUGCUCAAGAAAGAAGUCCAGGCCUAAACCAGGCACCCCAAUGCAGAAACAGGGAUCCACCAAGCUUUC